AGAAGCAACAAGUAGCAGCUCUAGUAGUUGUAUAGCAAGAUGCAGUGUGGUCAUAAAAAUUUUACUUGCUGAAAAAAAUUUAUUGGACUGACCGUCAUUCUUUUUUACGUCUAUACUAUAGUUUUAUCAUAAUUCCUAGGUUCAUCUUAUUAUUUAUUAUCAUUCAACAUAAGUGUAACGCGAUCACUUUCACUAAUAAAAAUACAAAAUGUUGUGGUUGACGAGGUUUCUUGGUCGUCCUGCGGAUCGUGGUUCUUUGGCCUUUCUCAUGCUCGUCGUAGACUCGGAGGUUUCUGGAGCAAGACUGGCCGCUUUGGACGCUUCCCCUUGCAGCGAUCCUGACUUAGCAGAAGAGGCUACUUCUUCUGCUGGACGAGUGGCUGGCUUAGGGAAGCGCUCGUCUUCAAGUAUGGAUCAUAUUAUGCCUGGGAGACCAUUGGCUGCACCAAAGAGGACUACAAGUUCCUGCUAUACAACCGAGAUUUCUGUCUUCACCAGCGACGAGGCCUUCGCGAACAACGUGAAGGGUGAGCCUUCUGGUGGAGCAAGACCAGGCGAGGAAAUAGUGCGUCGUGGCACAAAAGGCAGAAGUAGAAGAAGUGAGUCGACAUCUUCUUCUUCUGGGGAUAAGAAUAUUGUGGUUAAGGACUGGCGCUAUUAACAAUGUAGUUACAUUUGACUUUAUUGAGAUCGAGUGCUAACGGUAAUGACAUUUAAUGUGAAAGAACGAGUAGCGCCGCCGUAGAGACAAUGGAUCAACUACACCCUCACACCUUCAAUAUCAGAGAAAUUCGGAGAACACAGAAGAGCUUCAGGGAAGUCAUAGGUCCAAUCCGAACCGACUAACGUCAUCAAUGUGAAAGAACGAAUAAAGUUAAGUACCCGAAAAACUUCAGUUGUAGCUUUGUUGGUGGUCGUGUCAACGGUUUGCUAGUGAGUAAGUAGUAAUUGAAGGAAGCAGCCUCACACUCACAGACGACUCUAAAUAGACCUCCACGAAGGAAUCCGAAGGCGAUGCUGGAGUAUCCCCGUCAAGCUUGAAUGGCAUAACUAUCGAGUUUAGCGACACAGUGCCUUCCUCUUCGCCGAGCACAACUACAUGUUUUACAAGAGACCCUGAUUCACCAGCAUUUUCCGGUAAAGCAGAGCAUGAGCCAAUUUCUUCCGGAAGUAUGGACAACACAAUGCCCACUUGGAUGCGAUCGCAGAUAGAGAAUAUCCGUAAACUUGGCCUAGAAUAUGGCUUAUGAUUUAUUUCAGUUUUUUUCAGGCUAAUUUGAUCAUACGUACUUGUACUUGUUCUAGAACUGGAUUAUCACAAAGUUCUUGCUGUGCUACCACCAGUCGUACUAGUUUCUUUUUUGUGUGGGUACUCAUUAGUUCAAGUUCUAGAGUCUAGACUACCACUCCUACAUCUCAGUAUAUGAAGACUUAGUGAGAACUAGUUAUCAAUGUCAAGUCUGCUUUGAAACUAUAGACCCUCACUUUCUAAUAUGCUGCUAUUGAUGAAACAAGUUCAACCGCGUGCACCGAACAACAAGAUGAUCCGGAUCAGCAUUGGUUGCUUGUUAUUGAUCGAGCUCUCAGUGGACGCAGAAAGCAUUGUCCAGCAUGGAUGCGGAGCCAAAGAAGAAACAAUCGACGGAUUCUACGUACAUCUACAUCAUCAGAAAGUUAAGCUGCCAAAGAAUUAUGAGUUUUUAUAGAUUCAUAGUGAUAAGAGUAGUAGCUGUUGACGUUGAGUCGGUGAACUGGUUUUGUACUUAAUAUCCAAGACUUUUCUGCACCAUCUAGUACUCCUUUAACAGAUCAAUUGAGAACUCCACGUCAUUGAUGCAAGAUCAACCUCUAUCUAAUAACAUGAAAAUGUUCCACCUGAUGGAGUGGGAGGCGACUCAGGAGGUAAUCGGCCCUUCUUCAUUCCCGAAUCCUUCUCCUCCGAUUCUGAGCCAGAGUGUGACGAUGCUGAGAUCGUCAAUGAUACUACAAGUAAUAAAGCAUCCUCAAAGGAUGUUUUCUCAGCAUAUACUGCUCAGCUGAGAAGUUGCGGCACAGGUACUCGCGCUUCGACAACUCCUUCAACGACUGCCGGUCUGUGUAAGAAUAGCACAAGUAAUCCUCCUAUCUUCGCUGGUACUAGUGUCUGUGGUGGUUGUGCUGCUUCUGAAGACGGUAUAUCAUCUUCAACUGAGAAAAAAUUCCAAAAAAACGAUUGUGGUGAUCACCUUAAUUUGUCAACCGCUAGUACAGCAGCUUCUGAAGCAGGAGCACUUCCGCUUCAACCUCCAGAAGAUCCAACAAGCAGUAGUAGUGAAACUGCAGCAACCGUUGAUGAACAACAGGAGCUACAGCCAGCUUUUACGACUAGUAAAAUCAAUGAGGGUCCUCGUGGAGCACCAGCACUAGAAGGAGGAGUACUUAAUAUUCAGUACUGUCUUGGACUUGGUAAAAGCGAACACGAUGAUGAAGCAGUAGUUGGAACAGCUCCUGCACCCCGCUCGCAUGCUACACGAGGCAGACAACCUUCACAACCACGUAAAGUCGGUGGUAACAGUCGACGGAGACGUUACGAAGUUCGAGGUGAGGGUCCUCUUCAGGGCUCAAGCGACUUCAGAUCAAGUACAUUUUCAAGUGCAUUUUCGUCGUCAUCUGGGGCGCCGAGUUUUUGCGAUGGUCUACAGCCGAGUUCGCGCUCUACACAUAUAGCUGGCCUCUCAAGGGAGGCUAGUUUUGUUUUAUGGCUUGUUGCUGUUAGCUUGUUACUAAGUACCUUUUGCUUUUCAUUUAUUGAGUUACCCUUGGUUGCUCUUAUUCUUGAGCUGGGCAUGUACUUGAGAAGUGAAGAUAGUGUUGAUAACUAAGUCCACAUCUAUCCUGGUGAUCAGCCCUCCUCUAAUCGCCUCUGCGCCAGAGGAUGAUGCUAGCGCGUUGAAGGGUACCAGUUUCCUCUCUGUUACAACAGAGAGCUACGCGACAGCACAGGAUCUUCAGCACGAGCACGCACCAUUUGUACUCAGUACUCCUAGGAGCAGUACAGCUCCCAGUGAUCCACAGUCUCUGACCAUCGGCGGUAGAAGUACAACUAGUAGCCCUACUAGUCCACGACUAGUGUUGCCUUCUACUUCUUGUUCAACACAAAGGACCACUAGUAGUCUACUGCCAACAACUACAUCGGCAACCUCCAGUUGUUCCACCGAGGUUACAGGAGAAAAACGUAUGCGAUAUGUGCACACAGUUAUCGAUGUUGGUGCUGGGAUUCUUGGUCGAUGGAGAAUUCCUUCUAUUGCGGCACUUUACAACCAGGAAGUUCCGCCUGUGGUUGUAGCACCAAAUCCGGCUGGUGUUAGGAUCCAUGAUUAUGCGGAUGCUGAGACUUCAACUUCAUCUCAACAAAUGUGAUACAGGUCCAUCUUGAAAUCGUACAACAUCAACAAAAGAUUCUGAGAAUACAACACUAGCGUACAACUAUUGAUUUUUCUAGUCAAUGCACAACAUCAAGAACUCGAUAUAGAACACGGACAAAUUUUGAAUCACGCGCAGCCGGUGAACACAUGGAAAAAUUUGUGUCAUUUUUAGCAGCGGUACUGCUACUCUAACAUCUUUUUUUUGAAGAUACAGACUUAGAAGUGGUCUGCAACAACAUACCUCAAGGUAUACGUAUAGACUUUACUUCACAAACGGUGAAGAUGAAGAAGACCAGC